ACAUAAUGUAGUACCACUGGUCCCAUCUUGGAGAGAGAGAGAAAGAGAGAGAAGGGGGAGCUGAGCGAACCGUCCAUAUUAUAGCUGCUUUGUCAGCACUUUUCAUGGUGAUGGACCCUCCUGGUGGGGGAGAUGAACGACGGAGGCAGGCAGAACGUCUUCGACGGGAGGAGGCAUACUAUCACUUCAUUAAUGAACUGAGUGAAGAGGAAUACCGCCUGAUGAGAGACAGCAACCUUUUGGGAACCCCUGGGGAGGUGACUGCAGAGGAGCUUCGGCAGCGUCUGGAUGGAGCAAAAGAACGUUUGUCAUCUCAGUCUCGUAUUGAGCAACGUUCACAGAGUGCUGAGUCCGGAGAACUGCAGAGCAGUAGCGGUGAGGGAGACGAGAGAGGGGCUGGAGGGAGACGAGGAGCAGGUGGCACAGAACCCAGAGCAGAACCGUCUAAUGGUGAUUCAUUACUGGAGUGGCUUAACACUUUCAGACGCACUGGUAAUGCUACUCGCAGUGGGCAGAGUGGCAACCAGACAUGGCGUGCUGUUAGCAGGACCAACCCUAACAGUGGAGAGUUUCGUUUUAGCCUGGAAAUCAACAUAAACCAUGAUCAGCCAGAACCUGGAGAACACAGUGAUACUGUGGACACUGCAGUAACGGCAGAGUUGCCGGUGACUGCCCCGAACACAACUGCACAGUCUACUAUACGCACGACUUCCUCCCUCUCCAGCCCUCGCCCUUCAACCACACCAAGGCCAGCUCCAUACCCCUCCCCCCGCCCGGCCAUCAGUAGAAGGAUGCAGACACGGCGUACACGCAGCAGUACUACCACACUUUCAAUGAGUCCUUCUGCAACUCCUCCUCCAGAGACCACCAUGGCUGCUGCUCAGAGGAGGGGUACCACUUUGCACUCUUUAGCACCUCAUCCCACGGUUCCCAAUCCUCCUGUAGAUCAAACCACACCUUUUCAACAGCAAUCCCUGAAUGUAGAAGUCGAGCAGAGGCAUGAUGAUAUGUCUGCUUCUUUAGACUGUCCUCAGGUGUCACCCCAGUCUGGGUCACAAGCUGCAGCUGUGGGGCACGAAUCACGUGGCAGUAGGACUCGAUCACGUGUUCGUGCACGCAGGGGUGCAACAGCGAGCGGGGUUUCAUCUCGCAUGUCAAGGCAAAGUCGUUCCCCUUUGAAUAGAACACCCGUUGUCAGUUCCCCUCCACCAUCCAACAGUGGCUUCAGUGGCGCUACCAUUCACACUGUUCAGCCAGGCAGCAUCACAACCUCAGUGUCGAUGGAGACUGGGGAGACUGUGUCAGAAACUGCUGCUCCAGUUGAGUCAACUGGAGAGAUAGCUGAACGUGAGAGCGAGUCCCACAUAUUAGGAACAGGAAAUUCAGCAGUGAGGCGGCAUCCAACCAUAAUGUUGGACUUGCAGGUGAGAAGGAUUCGUCCUGGUGAAAACCGUGAUCGGGACAGCAUUGCUAGCAGAACAAGAUCCCGCGCACGAGUUGCUGAGAAUACUGUCACAUUUGAAAGUGACAGUGGUGGAUUCAGACGCACAAUUUCCCGUUCUGAGCGAGCUGGCAUCCGCACCUAUGUGAGCACUAUUCGGAUUCCACUGAGACGCAUCAGUGAAACGGGCUUGGGAGAACCUAAUUCCACUGCCCUGCGCUCCAUCCUGCGCCAGAUUAUGACUGGAUUUGGGGAGCUUAGUUCCCUAAUGGAGACAGAGGCUGAUUCUGAAACUGUUGCACCUAGCCAUGCAGAUGGCAGUGGCAUUAAUAGUAACACUAGCUCUGCCAGUCGUCUACAUUCAAAUGACAGUGCGCCUGGUCAGGUUGGUACAGGUGAGGUUGUCCAGGAGAGGAUGGGUUUGGUUGGGAGUGAGGAUAGCCAGAAUGGACAGGCCAGACUUGCGGGAGGAGUGGUGAGCACCACAGAUGGACGGGCUAAUAGCAGAGACACCAAUAACCUGGUUGAAAAUGGCACCCUACCCAUCCUGCGGUUGGCACACUUCUUUUUGCUCAAUGAUGAUGAAGAUGAUGAACAUCCCAGGGGCCUGAGCAAAGAACAGAUUGACAAUCUAUCCACACGUACAUAUGGUCAGGCCAGCCUGGAGGGCGAGAUGGGUCGUGCAUGUAGCGUCUGCAUCAAUGAAUAUGCUCAAGGCAACAAGCUGCGCCGCCUGCCCUGUUCCCAUGAAUUCCACAUCCACUGCAUUGACCGCUGGCUCUCUGAAAACAACACCUGUCCCAUUUGCAGGCAGCCUAUACUUGCUGUGCAUCAUGACUGACCUGUUUGCUCACAAACAUAUUCAUCAUACUCAUGGCUGGCUGAACUGAGCAAACCCAGGUUGGCUUUGCAUGUACAUAAGGCUUUACUGGUUUAAUUUCUUAGAAAAUAUCCAUUAUGUUAAAGAAGGUUGAACCAAAAGUGUGAUUUAAAAAAAAAAAAAGACUAUAAAUGCAGAGAAAAUUAACAAAACUUUAUUUUUUUAGACUCUUUAUUUUCAGGAUCUCAUUUUAUUUUCUUCUCUCUGUGACCUUGGUCACUAAUCCUUUCAUAAAGCUUCAGAAAUACAUAUGUCAGUAGGUGGCACUGUGCUUAAGGAGCUCCUGUAGCUGCUGCUUAAUAGUCUAAAUUUUUGGUGUCUGAUACAUGUGACGUCUCUUUUUCACAACUGGACAAUACAAAUCACUUCUAGACUUGAUUUAAUUAGUAUAGGCUGUAAAUAACUUACCACUGCUUAUAAUGUUUCUGAAGUAAGACUUAUUUUCAUGCCAUCUGCUCAGAUUGAAAGCAGGAAGUUUUUUUUUAAGUUUAUUUUUUAGCAUUUGCCAUUUUAAGGCCUCAACAUCCCAUUUUAAAGUGUCCCUUUACAAAACAUUAAGAAAUGUAUGGUUUAUAAUGAGUUGUAUGAGUGGUGUAUUAGGUUUUAAAAUAAGUUUUAUUCUGCACAUCUAUUAGUAUUUCUUAAGCCUUUAAGUCUCAAUGCAAUAUAUACAUCCAUUGGUCACUCAUCAAAAAUCUGCCACAUGGAAAUUACAAACACCCAUAUGAGCAGCACAAGUCAAAUGAAAUGCUGAAGGCAUGUAAUAUUCAGGGAUUCAGACUUGUUGGUAUGAGUUGUGCAAUAUGGAAAGAAAAGUAUUUUGCUGUUCAUUGGUGUUUACAUUGUAAUGCCCAAUUGUCAUCGCCACUUCAAAGUCUUUAAAUUAACGUUGUCUCUCACUUUGUUUUUGAUCCACAUCUGACAGGUGAAACUAAAAAAAUUAGAAUGUUGCGUAAAACUUAAUUCUGUAAUUCAACUUAAAAAUGUAAACAAAUAUAUAGAUUCAUAUGCAAAGUGAGACAUUUCAAGCAUUUAUUCAUUAUAAUUUUGAUGAUUAUGGCCUACAGCUUAUGAAAACCCAGAAAUGAUAAUCUUAAAAAAUUACAAUAUUACAUGAAAAAAACAACAGUAUUUUUGAAUACAGAAAUGUAAACCGUCUGAAGAGUAUAGUCAUGCAUAUGAACUCAGUACUUGGUUUGAACCCCUCUUGCAUGAGUUACUGCCUCAGUGCAGCGUGGCAUGGACGUUAUCAGCCUGCGGCACUGCUGGGAUGUAAUGGAAGACCAGGAUGCUUCACAGUAAUCCUUUGGUCACUGAACCAGGUUUUGGUUCUUUUGGCAGUGUGGGCAGAUGGCAAGUCCUGCUGGAAAAUAAAGUCAGCAUCUCCAAAAAGCUUUUCUGCUAUAGGAAGCAUGAAGUGCUCUAAAAUCUCCUGGUAGACCGCUGCGUUGACUCUGGACUUAAUAAAGCACAGUGGACCAUCACUGGCAGAUGACAUGGCUCCCCAAAUUAACACAGACUGUGGAAACUUCACGUUGCACUUUAAGUGUCUUGGAUGGUUGCCUCUUCAGUCUUCCUCCCGACUCUGGGACCUUUAUUCCCAAAUGAGAUGCAAAAUUUGCUCUCACCAGAAAAGAGAAUUUUGGACCACUGUUCAAUAGACCAGUGGAUUUUUUUCUUUAGCCCAGGUAAGACGCUUCUGAUGUGUUUUGUUCAGGAGUGGCUUGACGAGGCAUACGACAGUAGAAGCCCAACUCCAGCCUCAGUCCACUCCUUGUGAAGCUCCCCCACAUUUUUGAAUUUUUUUCUGAUGAUCCUCUCCAGGCUGCAGUCAUCCUUGCUGGUUGUUCCACCUUUUUCUUUCACACUUUUCCCUUUCACUCAACUUUUUUAUUGAUGUGCUUUGAUGCAGCACUUUGAGAGCAUCCAACUUCUUUUGCAGUUACAUUUUAAAGCUUCCCCUCCUUGUGGAGGGUGUCAGUGAUGGUUCUUUUGCACAACUGUCAGUUCAGCAACCUUCCCCAUGAUUGUGAAUUCUACUGAAAUAGACUGAGAGACUAUUUAAAUGCUGAAGAGUUGGAUUAAUUAGCUGAUCAGAAUGUGGCAUUUAGAGGCUACAACAUUAAACUUUUUCACACUAUUAAAAUUUUCUGAGAUUUAGAUUUUUGGGUUUUCAUAAGCUGUAAGCCAUAAUCACCCAUAUUAUAAUAAAUAAAUGCUGUGAAUAUCUCGCUUUGACUAUAUAAUAGUUGACCUAUGAAGUUUUGCUCGAUAUUCUAGUUUUUUUAGUUUCACCUGUAGUUCAUGCCUGCUUAGUAAAGACUUGAAAAAAUGGCACUGAAAAAUUAAGUAAAAUUAUUGUUUUGGUUUUUUUUUUUUCGGUUUUGAAGGUGUAAACUAACUCAAAAAUACAAGACAGUUAUAGGAAAACUUUGUUUAUAGCAUUAGAUUCUUUUGAUGCAUUUCUUUAAGUUCCAGUAUGAGUGCAACACAAAAGGUAGAAUUUGCAUUAUACAAGGUUUUUCUGUGCUUAUUACAUUUUGUUUAUUUAUUUUUUUUUAGAUGUAGCGUGAAAGAGAUGGAUCAUGGACUGAACCACUCAGUCAGUGUUUCCACCAGAGUCACUUUAUACAUAAACACUUGUAGUACACAAGAAUUACUACAUCUGUGCAGUUAAUAUGUUGCUAACAAAACUGCAGGGUGCAGUAUAGUUUGUAAGAGUGUUUGAGAGUGUGCUAAGUGUGUAUGGGUUAAUUGUGUGUGAAGGGAAGGCUUAGAGUCCAUUAAACCUGGUUCUCUAAAACUUUGUAUAGUGAUUGUCCAUCUUGGAGGGUUGUGGGCAAACAGUUCUGAAGUGAUUAUUUAUUGUGUUCCUAUUUAAUAAGAUGGACAUCAGAUUUUAAAAUGUGAUAUGUUAAAAUGUGAUGAGUGAAUAAAACAGCUAUGAAAAU